GUUGAAUUUCCAUUUCUGAAUGUCCGUUUCUUGGGGCCUGAAACAUUAUGGUUGCGAAUCGACCUCAUAAUUUCAACAUCCGGUAAAAUGGACGACAUGUUUACAUGACGCCGAAAUAAAAAAAAAAGUUAAUCGACUUCAUGUUUUGGAGAAAUUGGCAGUUUUGAUUUGACAAGAUUCCAUGAGACAUCCAUAGACAGAAGAAAAUGUAUGAGAAAGAAGAAGUACCUUCACUAUCAACUUUUGUGUCUGGCCUGGGCUUAGACAAUGCAGCACCAUCUAGUGAAUACUCCAGUAAUAUUAUUGUCAAAAGUCUACCUAUCUUAGGGCGACUUCAUUUUGUGAAGGACAGAAAUGGAAUUCUGAGUUUGACUUUCACAUUUUUGUAUUGGGUGUAUGGGACCUGGUGUGGACUAGUUGUGGUGCUACUACCUCAUAUGAGAGAUAAGCAAGCCUCAGAGCCAUUUGUUGCAUUGUAUGUUCUCUGCUCAGUGAUGUGUAUUUGUGCCUUAUUUAGAGCAGCAACAUUGAAUCCAGGUCGUGUGCCAUUAAUAUCUGAAAAGGAUAACAUAGAUACAAGUGAUUGGGAAAUGUGUGAUAAAUGUCAGAGAAAAAGACCUAAACGAGCCCACCAUUGUCGUAGAUGUCAGCAGUGCGUGCUCCGGAUGGACCACCACUGUCCUUGGAUUAACAACUGUGUCGGUGAGGAGAAUCACUAUGCAUUUAUGCAGCUAUUAUUCUGGGCUUUCUGUCUCAGCUGGAUGGCAUUCUGGUCCCUAAUGUUGCAUUACUGGUAUUACCCAGCAUGCAUCACAUGUGAUAAGAGUGUUUUCUACAUCAAGCAUAGCAUAUGGUUUAAGUAUUUACUUGUUCUGAUGUCAUUGGCAAUGGGAUUAUUCAUGGGGGCUGGUUUGGUUGACCAACAUCAAAAUCUCAAUUGGGAAUCGUUUGAAUUUAUACACGAAGCUUGGUUUACCUAUAUUCUGACUGCACUUGCUAUCUUUAUGGGAAUUAUGAUGGGUGGUCAGUUAAUUGGCCAGCAUUUCAGUUUACUAUUGGACAGAACCACAUUGGAGAACAUGAAAGACCCACAUCCAGACAUAAGCACAAUACGCAUACGUUCAGAAUGGUCAGCUUACCGGGAAAUGUGUGGGAGUGGAUCCAUGUUAUUUUGGUUAUUCCCCUGUAGAAGCAGGAAAGUACUUCGCCCUUCCUACUUUUACUCCAGUCCCGUUUGAUUGCAGUUCAUUUUUUUAUCCAUUUAUAUCACCAUGUUUAUUACCGGGGCAAGGGUAUCGCCUGCUGACAACAGAUAUAGCCAUACCGUGAUCAUGUGGACCAUAAUUCUUUCACCCUGUUGAUCUGUGUGCUGAUCCGUUUAAUAAAAAGAAGUACAUGAGAGCUAGAAGACUGCCCUGCUGACGAAGAGGCCGAGAUACAGCGCUGUUUGUCAGCAGCACUCCAUUAUUUCGUCUUCAUUUCCCGCACCAAAAAUUGUCUGAGUAUCAAAUAUGGACUUUCUCAUUAUUCUCUUUUUGCAAAACAUCUCUGGCUAAUUAAGGCUGGAGCUCUGCACGAAUAAAUCUGUUAUUUAUAUUUAAGGAAUCCGUAUCUUAAUUAUCUUGCGUUUUUAUUCUCUAACAUUAUAUAUUUUUUAUAACUUUUUUACUCUCUCUGCGUUCUGGCUUUAUUUUACUUUAGAAUUAAACUGUUUUUGAUAGUUGA